AUGGAGGAUGAAGCGCUGGCGAUGGUGAAGAUGGAGGAGGUCAAGAUCGAAGAAGGCGUCGCGCUGAACGGCGUCAAGAUGGAGCGGGACGCAAGCAAAACUUCGUCGCAGAACAAGAGCAACGAGGGCUCUCGCACCACUAGCCUGUCGCCCGGCGAGGACACGACCAACGGCGAGGGCAUCUCGACGCCGGGAGGCACACAGCGACCGAAGCUGUCUCGCAAGGCAACGCAAAAACCCGUCAAGCGCGAAGCGCCCCUCUUCCACGACCUGCCCGAUGUCACCGAGCAGUCCUGCACCACAUUCCAGGUGAUACCUGAUUGUCUGUACGGAUCCAAGCACAUGGGUUCGACCGACAAUGACGCUCUCGAUUGCGAUUGCCGUUCUGAGUGGCACGAUGGAAAAAAUUUGUCCUGUGGCGAGGACUCCGACUGCAUUAACAGGGCGACGAAGAUGGAGUGCGUGGCGGGUGCUGGGAAUUGCGGCGAUGGCUGCCAGAACCAGAGAUUUCAGCGCAAGCAGUACGCCAAUGUUUCAGUCAUCAAAACCGAGAAGAAGGGCUUCGGCCUCCGCGCCAACGUCGAUUUGCAAGCUAACGACUUCAUUUUCGAGUACAUUGGCGAGGUCAUCAACGAGCCGACUUUCCGACGGCGCAUGGUGCAAUACGAUGACGAGGGUAUCAAGCAUUUCUACUUCAUGUCGCUGACCAAGCAUGAAUUCGUCGAUGCGACAAAGAAGGGCAACUUGGGCCGCUUCUGCAACCACUCCUGUAAUCCGAACUGCUACGUCGACAAAUGGGUCGUUGGAGAGAAGCUGCGCAUGGGCAUUUUCUCCUCACGCCAAAUCAAAGCUGGCGAGGAGUUGGUUUUCAACUACAACGUUGACCGCUACGGGGCCGACCCCCAGCCCUGCUACUGUGGCGAGCCGAACUGCACUGGAUUCAUUGGUGGCAAGACGCAAACCGAGCGGGCGACCAAACUACCCCUUACCACAGUGGAGGCGCUCGGCAUCGACGACGGCGACAGCUGGGAUAUUGCAGUCGCCAAGAAGCCGCGCAAGAAGAAGCCCGAGGAGGACGAUGAGGAGUACGUUAACAGCGUGCAGGCUAGAAGCCUCGACGAUGACGGUGCUCGCAAGGUUAUGGCGACACUGAUGCAGUGCAAGGAGAAGUGGAUUGCAGUCAAGCUGUUGCAGCGCAUUCAGCAGUGUCAGGACGAUCGGGUGAUCCACUCCGUCAUGCGCAUGCACGCCUACCAGAUCCUCAAGACCACCCUCAACACCUUCAUCGACGACCAUAAUGUCGUCCUCCAGGUUCUCGACAUCCUGGACAAAUUCCCGCGAUUGACGCGAAACAAGAUUGAAGGCUCCAAAAUCGAGACUACGAUUGAUGGACUGACGCAAUCGGAGCACGAAGAGGUCAGCGCAAAGUCGAGGAGGCUGUUGGAGGAAUGGUCCAAGUUGGAGCUUGGCUACCGCAUUGGGAAGCGAAAGUUUGACCCCAACGCCUCCGCGACAAACUCGUUCCAAGAGCGACGCAACAUGGGCCGCGACGAGGACGUGACCCCCAAGUCGACCCCUGACCCCCUGCAAAAUGUCGAGAUCCCCAAGGGUCCCCGAAGCAACAUUCCACAGCGGAACACCCAUUUUUUCAACGGCCCUCCUCGCCAGCGAAGGCAUCAGAACUUCAACAACCAUGGCGCUCUUCCUGCAGGAUGGUUCACAGCGACAGACCAACGUGGAAACACAUACUUUUAUAGCAAGAAUGGUGUUACCACCUGGCAGCGUCCCACGAAGCCCGCUGACGCGCAGAAGUCGACGCCAAAGGCUCUGCAGGAGCAACAAUUGCUCAAGAACAUCAUUGACCAAGUCACCAAAGAGCAGACCCCUAGACCUUCGGCUUCGCAAACGCCUCAACGAGCAGAGACACCGGUGCAGGAGAACAAGCCAGAAAAGUGGCGCUCUCUAAGCAUCGACAAGCAGAUGAAGAUCUAUGAGAAUACGCUUUUCCCUCACGUCAAGUACGUGGUCGACAAGUAUAGACACAAGCUUCCCAAGGACGAUCUCAAGCGGUUGGGCAAGGACGUCUGCAAGAAGCUUGUCUCAUCGGACUACAAAGGCAAACGCGUGCAGGACCCGACGACACCACUCGAUCAGAAGCAGGCCAGGAAGGUCAAGACCUACGUCAAGGACUUUUUGGACAAGGCCAUUGUAAAGUUCAAACAGUUUGAGCAAAAGGAAAAGGCGAACCCUGGGGGCGAGGCGGGCAAGUCGAAUGGUGGCGCGUCGGCCAGCAAUGAUCCUAGUGCGGAUACCGGCGGUGCUGCCACGCCGGCUGAUAUCGCCGACGACGUAGUUCUGUCGGAUGUGGAGGAUGCCGGCUUGAUGGGAAGUCCCGAGCGCAAGCGCAAGCGUGCGGAGGAGGAGGCAGCAGAGUCCCUGAACCCGACUCCCUCCGACGAGCCGUCAGUGAAGCGUUUGCGAGAGGACGAGGUGGAGGAUGGUGCAACGCCGCCCCCUCCUCCACCACCCCCUCCCGCCGACCCGGAAUCUACUGCUACCCCUGAGGAGUCAAUGACGGAGGAGCAAAGAGCUCUUAGGGAGCAAGAGGAAGCUCUCAUGAGAGAGAACGAGGAAUCUGAGCGGCUGGAAGAAGAGGCCGAGCUUACCAAAACCAAGGAUAUUGGAAGCGUACCUCAGGCAAAGAAUGAUGCGCCCCUCAAUGGCCACCCCCGGAUUAACGGGGGUGUGAUUGUGGCUGGCGAUGGAGACGCUGGCGAUGAGUCGACAUUUCCAAACACAAGCAACAAGGCAGCUCGGCAGCAGGAGGUCCUUGGACACUAG